AUGACGUCUAUCAAGCAUCAUGUUACUAUUGAAAGCGUGGAAGAUGAAGGAGAGAAACGAUUUCAAGAUGUAGUACCUUCUUCUCGUAGUCAGUGUAUUAACCUUGCUGAGAUGAUGAAUGGCUACGACUUUGAAGGCGAAGCACCAUCCGAUCGUAUGACGAGCUGGCGAGAAGUGGAUGCUCUUGAAGAACGCGCUCGUCAAGAAAGAACAAGUUCCGGAACCGAAGAACGUGAGCACGCGACACAAAUGGCACGGAUGGUGGAUGCUUAUCAUCAAAAUCGUCGAUUGUAA